AUGAGGGCCGUUGGUGAAGAUGUAACGUUGGAUAUAAAUGCUAAAUUCCUUAAAAGAUUACAACGGGUUAUAACUCAGAUACAAGAUGAUCAUGCUAAUGUGAAGAAUGAAUCGGAGGAAAUUACUGAUGUCUUUGUUAAUUUCUAUAAGGACUUGUUGGGACAUGGAGAAGGACCAAUAUCCAGAGCAGUCAGAAGCAUUUUGCAACAUGGUCAAAUAUUAACAGAGGAACACCAGAUUAAAUUGUUGCAGCCAUAUACAUCAAUAGAGGUAAAGAAAGUUAUGUUCAUUAUUGAUAUCAACAAAAAUCCGGGGCCAGAUAGCUAUGGGAGUGAAUUCUUUAAAGCUGCAUGGGAGAUUAUAAGUUCUGAUAUAACUGAAGCUAUCCUGGAAUUCUUUUCCAAUGGGCAACUAUUACAACAGGUGAAUGCCACAAUGAUUGCUCUAAUUCCUAAGGUUGAAACCCCCUUAAAUGCGAGUCAAUACAGGCCUAUCUCUUGUUUUAAUAUGGUAUACAAGUGUACUACUAAGAUCAUAUGUAAUAGAUUGAAGGAGAUUAUCCCAAAUAUAGUGGCUGAAAACCAAACGGCAUUUAUGCAAGGGAGGACUAUGAUGCAAAAUAUGCUGAUUUGUCAUGAUAUUCUGAGGCAUUAUAACAGGAAAACUUUACCAAGUUGUAUGAUGAAAAUUGACCUAAGAAAGGCGUAUGAUAUGGGUCAUCUAUCUUCUGUUAGGAGAGUGUUAGAAGCUUUAAACCACUUCUCAUCUGCUACAGGAUUGAUAGCAAAUUUGGAUAAGUCAAGUAUAUUUGUGGCUGGGGUGGACCUUGCUACUAGAAAUCUGCUUAAGGAGUAUACAUGGUUUUCUCUUGGAGAGUUUCCUACCAGAUACCUUGGGUUACCUCUUUCAUACAAGAAGUGA